AUGGAGCAUCUGAAGGAGUUUCUGCAGUCCCAGAGCAGCGCCUCUGUUCUUGCGCAUGCUUUGGGUAUUCGCAUCAUUCCACACGCACCGUCGUUACUGUCCAAUGCCAUAAUCAACGUCGUAGAUUGCGAAUCAUGGGAGCGCGAUGGCAACAAGUUGACCGAGAUCGGCCUCAGUACAUUCUCAGUUCAUGACAUGCAUGCAGUCCCGUCGCCUGGGGACCAUGGUAUCAAUUUGCUGAAGAAUGUCUACUUCUACCAUCAUCGGCUUACUACGACAGCUCUUCUUAUCAAUGGUCGUUGGGUGGCAGGUAACCCUACGAAGAAUCGAUUUGGGAACACUCGUUUCGUAACUCCCGCAGAAGCGAAGGCUGCUCUUCGAGAGGCAUUCAACUGGCCCUUGAAACCUGCAAAGGGGAAAGGUGAGCCAGAGUAUUGCCCUGUGAUUUUCAUGGGCCAUGCAAUUCAUAACGACCUGAGCAUGCUUAGUCGGGCAUUGGACUUCGAUGUAUCGCUGUUCGGAACCGCGGUAAUGACGAUAGACACUCAAGAGCUCGCGCCAUCGCUAGGCGUAUACACUGGUCCUGGGCAUCUUAUUAGCCUUCGAAGACUCUGUGAGAGCCACGGGUUCGAAUACCGUGAUACACAUACGGCCGGGAAUGACGCAGCAUACACCUUAUUUGGCGCGGUCUUCAUGGUCCUGAAUCACUUUGGCAUUGCCGGUGAGGGAGGUCUAGAUGCUGCGACUGACGAAGGAAGCUCACCCACACUAACACCGCAGCAGGUAGUCGAUACCAUUGAAGCGCUUAGUCGGGACCAGGUGGACAAUUGGGGUGUUGCAACAUUCUGUGAGCGCUGUGAUCGCUACAACCAUCUUCGACGAGACUGUCGGGCUAGAGUCAAUUGUCAAGUCUGCCUGCAAGCCAACCGCAAAGGCGCAGCCCGUUCCCAUAUGACGAGCAGGUGCACCUGGAAGUAG